AUGUCCCAGGAUUCGGGCCAUGAUCAUGUACCUGAUCAGGAUCCACCUGUACAAGCUCUUGAUCAAGAGCCACAUAAUUAUAUAGAUCCUCUACAGCUUAGGCCCUGCGCCUUUGUUUCUCCCGCCAGCUACAGAUUCUGGCCCUCACCGGUCGUUCCCUCCAACUUCGGGCCGCCGGUCGCUGCAGGUCCUCGGCUUCGGCUCCCGUCGGCCACCGCUUCUCCUCACCAGCCGCUGCAUACUCCUCUGGCAGCCGCUCCACUUGCCGGCCACUACUCUGCUUGCCGGCCACCGCCUGCAGCUCCUCUCCCUGGGCGUGAUCCUCCCUGGCCCUCCGCCAGCUCCCCGCUCAGCUCUCUGCGCUCAGCUUCGGCCGUCGGCCCGCCCUACCCUUUUUCCCACCCGGCCACCGCUCCACCACUGGGCUACCACCUGGUCACCGCCCUGCCACCCAGUCACCACCGGAGCUCCGCCCACUAG